CGAGCCGCUUUUCGUGCGGCGCCUCUCCGUGUUGGUCUGGGCGCCUAUAGCCCGCGCUGCGACUCCAUGGACACCAGCAGGACGACCCUCGGCAGCCCCGGUGCCCUCAAGUGGCUGCACACCCGCAGCGUCGGCGUCACCUUCCGCAUCUACCGCGCCGAGUACCAACAGAGCCGCACUUACAUCGUGCAGUCUGCGGCUCUUCUCGCGUGCUCUCUCGGCAUCUGCGGAGUGUGCAUGCUCGCGGCGCUGAUUGCCACGCGGCAGCUGCAGACCGACCGCACAGCCCUCGGCCUCGACCUCGCCACCUCCUCCCUCUACAUCCUCUCGGCCCUCCUCUCGCUCGCCGUCGUGUGCGGAUGCGGUGAGGGCGGUCCAGGCGCCCACGGCUCCGUCAACGUCCCGCGCCAGUCCAUCUUCAUCGACGAGGGCGAGGAGGGCGAGGAGGAGGGCGAGGAGGAGGAGGGGGAGGGAGAGGCGACUGGCCGCGGCGUGUCGGCGAGCGAUUGCGGCGAGAACAGCAGCGAGCGGCGAAGCCAUGCAGCAGAAACCGUUUCUCUGGAACCUUCUCGGACUCUUCCCCUCCAGGCGAGAACAGCAGCGAGGACGGCAAGAGCAGCGCCAACGGCGGCGGCGACGAGCCCCCGUCGCUGCUCGCGCGCGUCUCGAGGCGCUUCUCCAAGCCGGCGCUGACGCGCUUGGCCUCGAGCGGUAUUGGAAGCCUCCUCUCCCUCGCGCAGCAGCUGAGCGGAGGGGAGAGGGGCGAGGAGGGCAACGACAGCACCUGGCCGCACGAGGCGGCGAGAGAGAUGAUGAUCGAGAUAUAGCCGAGAUGUACCCGAGAUGUACCCGAGAUCUAGCCGAGGUGCUGGUGUGGCGGAGAUGGAGUGCGCCUGCUCGGACGGCGCUCACGGCGGGUGCCCCAUCUCCCACUCUCUUCUCUCUCAAACUGCCACUAGAAUUGACACUGACCAGACGGCGCUCGAGGCUGGUGCCAUCACACCAACACACACCUCUCUCGCCCCCUCCUCCCUCUCUCUCUCUCUCUCUCUCUCUCUCUCUCUCUCUCUCUCUCUCUCUCUCUCCUCUCUCCAACUGCACUAGAAUGGACACUGACCAGGCGGCGCUCGAAGCUGGUGCCGACGGCGGCGGCGCUCUGUCGCGCGCGCCGACGGCGACCGCGCCGCUGGACAGGCGCGCCAAGGGCGUGUCGUUUGCGGACGGAGUCGACUUCUCCGAGAAGAGCGUCGGCGCAGCCAGCCGCUCCUCCUCCUCCUCCCUAAAGAGGAGGGGGCGGCCGCGGCUCGCGGUCGUGCGGCUAGCGAUGGUGUUCCUGGUGGGCACGGCCGUGUUCGCGAUCGCCUCGGCGGCAGUCUGCGCCGCGUCGGUGCCGCGCUGCUACGAGCGGCCGCUGGCGAUGCGAGGCGAUGAGUCGGACGACGAGAUCGACCGCCUGGCGCGCGGCACAGCGGCCUUCUCGCGCUGCUCCGAGCAGUGCAUGCGCGGCCAGAUGGAGCUGGGGCGGUCGGACCUCAACACCGCCAGCUGGGCAAAGGUGACGAUGCUGGGCGCGCUGUUCAAGACGGCGGAGGAUUGCAACUCCGACUUUGAGGCGAAUGGGCUGCCUGCCCCGGGCGCCGACGGCGCCGGCUGGCUCCCGGCGCCUCUGCGCGCGAUCCCGACAGGCGCGGCGCUGGUGGAGCUCGGCAUGAAGUGCGGCGUCGAGGCGCGGCAGCGCGGCUGCGAUGUCAACACGUUUGGAAGCGGGAGCAUGCUGGCGACGGCGGUCGGCAUGGCGUGGCUGCAGGUGUGCCUGGUGCUGGUGCUGAGACACUCCUCCUGAGAGGCGGAGAGAGGCGGCGGUCAUUCGCAGGAGAAGGCGCGCCGGGAUAUGCAUAUUGGCGAUGGCUGAGACGGCCGCA